CGUUUGUCGAAGACUUUGUUUCUUCAAGUAGAGUCUAUCCUCCCAAGCACUCGACCAAAGGACAACUCUUUCCCCGCCAGAAGUUCCUCAAAAAUCAUGAACUUCGUUUAUUAUUAGUAUCUUCACUCUUCAACACCUCCUUCACACAACAAGCUCCUGUAAAUGGCAAUUUUCAAUUCCAUAAUUAAAUCCAAGAAACUCUCUCUUUUCCUCAACAUAUCCUUCCUCUUCCUCCUCUCUCUCUUUCUCAAAAUCCAUCUCUUUUCCUCAACAAACAUCAUCUCCCACCAUCCUCGGCUUCUCAGUGAUAUCACCACAAAUGGCUGCACCGGCCUCCAAAAGUAUGAUGAUGUUAAGUACAAGUGCUUCUAUGUGAAAACACAUCUCAGCUGUAGGCCAAAAGGGUACAUAGAUUAUCUCCAAAUCUUUUACUGCAAUUUUGGUGAUUUUCCUCUUCUGGGUCAUGUUGUGCUUUUUCUAUGCCUUGCUGUUUUGUUCUAUCUGUUGGGAAAUACAGCUGCAAACUACUUCUGUUCUUCUUUGGAAAGCUUGUCAAAGAUCCUGAAGCUCUCUCCCACCAUAGCAGGAGUCACCCUUCUUUCUCUAGGAAAUGGUGCCCCUGAUGUGUUUGCUUCUAUUGUCUCCUUCACAAGAUCAGGCAAUGGGGCUGUCGGCCUCAAUAGUGUCUUGGGGGGUGCCUUUUUUGUGUCUAGUAUUGUUGUCGGGCUUCUAAGUAUUUUCAUUAGCCCUCAACAGAUUUCAGUCGACAAGCCUAGCUUUAUUAGAGAUGUCAUCUUCUUCCUCUUCUCUCUUUUUUCUCUUGUCUUGAUAAUAUCUAUAGGAAAAAUCAGCUUGUGGGGUGCCGUUUGUUUUACUUCUAUCUACUUGAUUUAUGUUUGUGUUGUAUCCUCCGCACAUUUCUUCAGUAGAAAUGAAGAGAUUGUGCAGCAUAGUGAUGCUGAUCAUGAAAACAUCAGUGAUCAGAUUGCCAUACCAUUACUAGCUUACGUUGAUGAUGAGAAACCAAUGGAGAAAAUUACCAGCCUUGAAGAUCAUCAGCAAGAACAAAUUCCAAUCUUUCUGAAAAAUUUGGGGAAGAUUUUACAUGUAUUGGAGCUGCCUCUUUACUUGCCUAGAAGAUUGACAAUUCCUGUUGUUAGUGAGGAGGGAUGGUGUAAGCCAUAUGCAGUAAUUUCUGUAACUUUGGCACCGCUUCUGAUGGCGGCCCUUUCAAACACACAGAGGGAAAACGUGGGCACGAGGACCAGCCUGGCGAUAUACAUGACAGCAGGGUUGAUAGGGAUAGUUUUGGGGAAUCUUGCUUACGUGACCACCAAGAAAUCUACCCCACCAAACAAAUGCUUGCUCCCAUGGCUGGCAGGAGGGUUUUUGAUGAGUGUCACAUGGACAUAUAUAAUUGCAGAGGAAUUGGUUUCUUUAUUGGUUUCUCUUGGGCAUAUAAUUGGGAUAAAUCCCUCUGUUCUUGGCCUUACUGUUCUUGCUUGGGGCAAUUCUCUUGGAGAUUUGAUAGCAAAUAUUGCCAUGGCACUCAAUGGUGGGGCAGAUGGGACUCAGAUAGCUGUAUCUGGAUGCUAUGCUGGUCCCAUGUUCAAUGUUUUGAUGGGUUUGGGGUUGUCGUUUGUUUGCUCAUCAUGGUCUGAAUAUCCAUCUUCUUUUGAGAUUCCUGCAGACCCUUCACUGUAUGAGACUAUAGGGUUUCUGAUGGCAGGCUUGCUUUGGGCUCUUGUGGUAUUGCCAAAGAGGAAUAUGAGGCUUGAUAGGUUUCUUGGAGCUGGGCUUCUCACCAUCUACAUCUGCUUUCUGUUCCUGAGGGUAGCCAGGGCUCUUGGUCUUCUCCAACUUCAUGGGAGCUCCUUCCAAAGUCUAAAAGGUGAGUAAUUUCUUGUGUGAGUGCUGGCAAUUUGAUUAGGUAACGUGAGAAAUCCUAUAUUAAAUGUACUUGUUUGGGUAGGUGGCAGGUAAUUUAUAAUUUAUUUGAAUACGUAAAUCUCAUAUAGAAUUUUUCACGUUACCGGUCUAAAUUGCUAGUAAUUCAAGCAGGUAAUUACUCUGAAAUCCCAAUCAAAGCAUCGUUAUGCUAACCUGAUUAACUUUCUCUCCUUACCUUGAAAAGGUGGCCUUCUUUUCUACCAUGGAAGUUAAUAAAUAUGUUACGUGUAAAAUCAGAAUUGCCUAAAGUUGUUGGCUCACUUAUUUGUUGUAUAUAGUUACUAUAUAUAUAUACCUACAAAGUGCACCCUAAUUAUUUGGGUGAAGAACUACAAACUA